GAGGGACUUGUUUCUGGAGAGUUCCUGGGGGUGGAGGCCACUUGGUUUUCUUGUCGAGAACCUCCACCCCUCUUCCUCUUCUUCUAACUGCUCCCUUCUCGCGAACUCGAAGGGGUUACGUGUCUAAGAUGUAAGGCUUUGCCUAAAAUUCUCUCCAUACAAGAUUUUAUAUUUUUUCAGUUUUUUCUGUAGUUGGAGACCUUCAAGGAAAUCCUCUUGCGAGAAAUGGCCGCCGCCGGCGAGAAGAACGGCGACUUCUAUUCUGUUCUGGGUCUCAACAAGGAGUGCUCCGACGCCGAACUCCGGAAUGCGUACAAGAAGCUUGCUCUGAGAUGGCAUCCCGAUCGUUGCUCGGCGGCAGGAAAAUCGGAGUUUGUCAACGAAGCGAAAGAAAAAUUCCAGGAAAUCCAAGAAGCUUAUUCCAUUCUAUCUGACUCCAAUAAGAGAUUCCUGUACGACGUAGGAGUUUAUGAAAGCGACGAUGACGAAAACGGAAUGGGGGACUUUGUAGAAGAGUUGGUUCAGAUGAUGAGCCAGACGAAGCCCAGCGAGAAUGGCCAGGAUAGCUUUGAGGAUCUACAGAAGCUGUUUGUGGAUAUGUUUCAGGCUGACCUUGAUCUCAGCGGAUUCAGCUGCGGCCCUGCUCCUGAUGCAAAGACGACGGAGGCGGCUUCCUCUAGUACUAGGUAUUGCAACGCCGGCGCAGUUCACUGCGGCGGCGGAGAAAAACGUCCCGGAUCGGUGCUGGCCUCGGCUGCCGGCAAGGCAAAGCUCCAAGAGUUCGACGGCGAAUCUGCUCAUUUCUGCUUCGGGUCCAACGAGGGAACACAGUCUUCAGGUGGCAGGGGAGGCAAUCGGAGGAAUGCCAGAAAACAGAAAUCAUCAACGAAGCACGAUCUCUCUUCCAAGGACACUGAGAUUUCUGCUUAGAAUCGUUCAUUUUAAUUUUAACUAUGUAGUCUAUUCUUCCUUCACCGUAUGAGGUGACGAAGGGGGAGCAAGCAAUCAAUAUUGAAUCGUUUGGUACUGUUUUGAUAUCUACAUGAAGAACUUUGGUGCUUUCCCAGAACCAUCUUGUUAACGUCAUCACGCAUUGUUCUAUUGGAAAACUAAUGAAAUGGUUUGUUCAUCGA